UCUGAGCAUCAACAGAGCAGAGUUACCAUGAGCGUCAUCAUCCUACAGAAAUCUACCCGCCCAGACCUUAUCACACUCGCAAUCAACUUCAAUCCAGCCUGACCAGUACUCUCCAAACACAGGAUGCCAGGGGUAAAAAGAGGGUUGGUGGCACCACAAAAUACUUUUUUGGAAAAUAUUGUCAGGCGUUCAAAUGAAACCAGUUUCCUGCUUGGAAAUGCCCAGAUUGUGGACUGGCCUAUAGUUUAUAGCAAUGACGGAUUCUGUAAACUUUCUGGAUAUCACCGGGCAGAUGUAAUGCAGAAAAGCAGCACCUGCAGUUUUAUGUAUGGUGAGCUGUCUGACAAGAAGACCAUCGAGAAAAUUAGACAGACCUUUGAUAACUAUGAGUCCAAUUGCUUUGAAGUCCUUCUUUACAAGAAGAACAGGACUCCGGUCUGGUUUUAUAUGCAUAUUGCCCCAAUAAGAAACGAAAAUGACAAGGUGGUCUUAUUUCUGUGCACUUUCAAAGACAUCACUGUAUUCAAACAGCCUAUUGAAGACGAGUCAACAAAAGGAUGGACAAAGUUUGCUCGUUUGACACGAGCUCUGACAAACAGCCGGAGCGUUAUCCAGCAGCUGACUCCAUUGAACAAGGCGGAUGUUAGCCACAAGCACUCGAGGCUGGCAGAGGUUCUUCAGCUGGGAUCAGACAUCCUUCCACAGUACAAGCAAGAAGCCCCAAAGACUCCUCCUCAUAUUAUUUUACACUACUGUGCGUUCAAGACCACGUGGGACUGGGUCAUACUGAUCCUGACUUUCUACACUGCUAUCAUGGUCCCUUACAACGUGUCCUUCAAGACGAAACAGAACAAUAUCGCUUGGCUCGUGCUGGACAGCGUAGUGGAUGUUAUAUUCUUAGUGGACAUUGUGCUCAAUUUUCACACCACUUUUGUUGGCCCUGGAGGGGAAGUUAUAUCAGACCCCAAGCUGAUCAGAAUGAACUAUUUGAAAACUUGGUUUAUCAUAGACUUGCUGUCGUGCCUGCCAUAUGAUAUCAUCAAUGCCUUCGAGAAUGUGGAUGAGGGUAUAAGCAGCCUCUUCAGUUCUUUAAAGGUGGUCCGGCUAUUAAGACUGGGCCGAGUUGCCAGGAAGCUUGACCAUUACCUGGAAUAUGGGGCAGCAGUGCUUGUUCUCCUUGUCUGCGUGUUUGGGCUGGUGGCUCACUGGCUAGCAUGCAUAUGGUACAGCAUCGGGGACUAUGAGGUCAUAGAUGAGGUGACCAACACCAUCAAGACAGACAGUUGGCUGUGCCAGUUGGCCGAGAGCAUUGGGUCCCCGUAUCGGUACAAUGCGAGUGGUUCAGGGCAGUGGGAAGGAGGACCGAGCAAAGACUCCUUGUACAUAUCCUCCCUUUACUUUACAAUGACAAGCCUUACCACAAUUGGAUUUGGAAACAUUGCACCAACCACUGACGGGGAAAAGAUAUUCUCUGUGGCCAUGAUGAUGGUGGGCUCUCUCCUGUAUGCAACUAUUUUCGGAAAUGUCACCACCAUCUUCCAGCAGAUGUAUGCCAACACCAACCGCUACCACGAGAUGCUGAACAACGUGCGAGACUUCCUCAAGCUCUACCAGGUCCCCAAGGGCCUCAGUGAGCGUGUCAUGGAUUACAUUGUGUCCACAUGGUCCAUGUCAAAAGGCAUUGACACUGAAAAGGUUCUCUCCAUCUGCCCAAAAGACAUGAGGGCCGAUAUCUGUGUGCACUUGAACCGGGAAGUCUUCAAUGAGCACCCUGCCUUCCGGCUGGCCAGCGACGGCUGCCUCCGCUCCCUGGCCGUUGAGUUCCAGACCACCCACUGCGCCCCGGGUGACCUCAUCUAUCACUCUGGCGAGAGCCUUGAUUCGCUGUGCUUCGUGGUCUCGGGGUCACUGGAGGUCAUUCAAGACGACGAGGUUAUAGCUAUUCUCGGUAAGGGGGACGUAUUUGGGGAUGUGUUCUGGAAAGAAACCACUUUAGCUCAUGCCUGUGCCAACGUGAGGGCGCUGACUUACUGCGACCUGCACAUUAUCAAGCGGGAUGCCUUGCUCAAGGUGCUGGAGUUCUACACUGCCUUCGCCAACUCCUUCUCACGCAACCUCAUUCUCACCUGCAGCUUGCGGAAGAGGAUAAUUUUCAGGAAAAUAAGUGAUGUAAAAAAGGAGGAAGAAGAACGUCGGAGGCAAAAGAACGAGGUGACCCUCAGUAUUCCAGUGGACCAUCCGGUCAGGAAGCUUUUCCAGAAGUUCAAGCAGCAGAAGGAGAUGCGGAACCAGGGCUCCUUGCACCACGACCCUGAGAAGAACCAGUUUCACAUGGAGAAUCACCCCUUGCAGAACGGGGCCUCCAGCACUGGGACCAGCGUAGUGACCGUCUCCCAGAUCACCCCCCUUCAGAACUCCCUGGUCUAUGUGAAGACCAGUGAGCCGAGCAAGCAGAACAACCGGGACAUAAUGGAGCUCAAGCCAAACUGCAUUAGCGACCAAAAGUGUCUGAAGGUCAACAGCCCCAUCAGAAUGAAAGCUGUCAAUAACAGGGGCUGGAUCAGGCUGAAAAACCAAGGGUCUCGAGAGGAGAAAAAAGAGGAGUGGAACAAUGUAACGAAAGCGGAAUCUAUGGAGUUGCUUUCGGAGGACUCAAAAAGCCAAGAGUCAGACGUUGGGGUGAAAAAGAACCCCCUGAGGAAAACAGACUCAUGUGACAGUGGAAUCACCAAGAGUGACCUCCGGAUAGAUAAAGCUGGGGAGGCGCGCAGUUCCUUUGAACACAGCCCCCUUCCGGUAGAAGUGAAGCACCCUUUCUACCCCAUCCCUGAGCAGGCCUUGCAGACCACUUUACAGGAAGUCAAACUAGAACUAAAAGAAGACAUUCAGUUGCUUAGCAACAGAAUGGCUACGCUAGAGACACAAGUAGCCGAAAUCUUAAAACUGCUGUCUGAAAAGAAAGAGGUCCCGCAAACUUCAACCCCGAAAGCCAAAAUAAAAUGCCAGGACAUUUUCACUGUCUCGAGGCCCGUAACUCCUGACUCCGAAAAGGACGAAGUACAGUUUUGAAUUUGCAGUUUAUUUAAUUUUUGUCUUGUAUUGAGAGAAGUCUCUAAAAAAAAAAAAAAAUGUCCUGUAAAUAUAUUUUGCAUGUCCAGCUGGAUUCUGGCCUGCCAUAAAAUCAUAUUCAAGAAUGCUUGUAAAUUAUGCAGUCGACUGCAUGCAGAUAAGAAGGAGAAUGUAUAGUUUAACACUAUAUUUAGAGACUAUAUAUAACAUGUUUAUUAAAGUCUGUGUGUACUGAAGAGGGUGUGACCUGAGGUAUCUGUAUGAGCCAAGAAUCCCAUAUACCUCGGGCUAGUAAAGAGUAGUAAAGAAAUGAAACUGCCCUGCAGGGUUAGGUAAAGAACGGGACAGGUAUGUUGAAAUCAUUGUUCUUGUCUUGAGCGCUGUACAUAUGCACACAGCUCGGUAUUUUGAAAGGAUUGGUAAUGCAUGUCACAUGUUGUGUCAUUUUAAUAUUGCAUUGAUUAUAUUUUGUAUUGGUAUUUUGCACUAAAGACUAAUAUGAUGUACUGUCCCAUGAACUCUCUUUUUCUCCAGGAUUCUCCUAUGGCUAAAUUAUUUUUUGUCUCCUUUCAUAUAUGAAUUUUUAGGCUUCAUUUGGUCCUCCUGAGGAAAUCAAGGUAGAUAACAAUGAGGCUACUCUGUUUGAUCAGUAGUUCUUGGUUCAAACAGCAUUACGUUAAACCUGCUCUGUACUUUUAAGCCAACUUAUUUUCACAAAAGCUUGCAACAGCAACCUCAGUGGGAAUAUUUAAGCAACCCAGAUGUAUCCCACAAUAUUGGCUUCGGUCUAGCUUUUUUACUAUACUUUUCUAGCUAUACUAUUUUAGCUGGUCUAGUUAAGAUUUUUUUUUUACCAAUCCAACCAAAGUAACUAUGAUAAUACAUUAAUACACACAUAGAAUAUUUGUACACAUGAAGCAUAAUGGCAGUGUGUGCAUUGUACCUGGACAAGGUGCGUUGAAAUCACUGGUUGCUUGUUGGGGUCAGGUAGCAGGGAGAUGGAAUAGGAAGAAAUUGUCUUUAUGAUGUAAUGAAAUAUGGUUCUAGAGAGAGUUACUUUGUUCUACAAGGUGAAGCACAAAUUAUAUAUUUGUAUUAUAAAAGCGAAAGGCAAUGUAAUCUGCUUUUCAUUUGUCGGAAAAGCCUAAUCGAGCAUUCGAUACCUUCAGCAGAUCUAUGUAAAGUGCAGAACAUAACCUGCAGUUUAUUUUGAAAAUAUGUUUUGGAAUGUCAAUGCGGUACUUUAAUUGAAUGAUGCACAAAGGGUACAUGACUAAUAGACAUUAAAUAUUAUAUUUGCACUAAAGGAAAAAUAACUAAAGUUUGUUAGUUUGAAGAAUAAAACUAGAAUACGAUGCAGUGGAAUUUUCUAAUCUUGGAUGACCAUUGGGGUUACUACUUGAAACUACCAGUUUCUUGCACCUUAACUCAAUUGAGCAGAGAGUUACUGCUAAAAAAAGGUGUCAUUUCUUGCAUGCUUUGAAAUGUUUGGUAUUUAUGAACUGUAAACAAACAACACUGCUGAUGCAUAUCAUUGUUUUCAUAUACGUGGUAUAAAGAGACGUUCAAUUACAACAUUUUCAACCAACGUCACUUUAAUCCAACAAGCACUGAAUUUGUGUAGCACUUUUCACUGUACAGAAGAUGGACUUUUUAUUCAAGAAAAUAAAUGCG